AUGGACAGAAUUAACCUAAUGAGUCCCGAGCGCACAAGCCCUGUGCAAAGGUUCACACUGACUGAGGUGACAAAUGAUCAUGUCCAACUGCCGCAGGUUCAGCUUCGGAAUGUAAACAUUCAUUACGAGUUCCCAGAGGUUCUUCCCCAAAUGCUUGUCAGAAGCGGAGAGGUUAAGCAACAGAUUGAAGAGCUAUUGGUUCAGCUUGACCGCUUGCCACAAGACUUCCGCGCAGACAAUGCCCACAAGUACUUACAGCUUAGCCAGCUGCUCCGUUAUUUGAAUCUGGAAAAUUUGCACCUUCUCUACAAUAAGUUUUCAAACAAACCUAAUGCCAGGAAUGCCUUCCUGAUUGGAGUCGCCUCUGUUGGCACUCUAGAAUCACUGACAUUCAUCAAAGAAAAAGUUGUCAAAGAGGAACUGCACGAAUUGGAAUUGUACUGGAUAAUUUCCCUAGCCUUACACUCUGCCAAGCCUAAUGUAGAUAAAGCUGAAGAAAUUGCUGAUGUGUUAAUCAAAAUGCUCCCCAAAUUAAAGAAUACCAGAUCAAUUUGGCUUGUGAAGAUUUUCUACCUGGGAUAUGGUACCACCGUCUACAAACAAUGUGUUCAGUCUGGCUCCUGCAACAGCAAAUUGCUUGAGCCUCUGCACGACUUCCUAAAUGACGCAAUCAGGGAGAACAAUGAAAACAAAAUUAUUCUGGCUCUGAAAGCCAUUGGCAAUGCAGCUCAGCCAGCCAGCCUGAAGCUAGUGAAAACCGUGAUUGAUUCCCACAGAUUUUCAGAAUACCUUCAAGCAGUUGCUGUUCAGACUAUGGCGCGAAUUGGCAAACAGGAACCUACAAAGGUGCAAGGCAUUCUCCUCCAGAUCUUUGCGGACCCUUCAUAUAAUGUGACCGUCCGAAUGAUGGCUUGCAUUGGCCUCUUCGAAACCAACCCUGCCAUCCCAACAGUGACAGCUAUUGCCAAUGUAUUGCUCAAAGAGAACAAUUUGCAACUGGUCAAUUUUGCCUACUCUCACAUGAAAGCUUGGUCAAAUGUCAGGACCCCACUGUACUACAGCCUGUCUUCUGCAUGCAGUAUGGCUCUUAAACUUCUGAACCCCAGACCCCUCCAUCAGAGCAAGGUUUUAUUUGUCAGCGGCUUCAGCAGCAAACACAGAGCAGGAUUCCUCGUGAAAUGGUUUAUGAUCGAAAGCCCCCAAACAAUGCUCCCUUCGACUAUAAUCUGGAAGACAGAAGUAAACUUUGCAGGUGCAACUAUUCAUCCUCUAGAGGUUAAAGUAAGACUUCAAGGCCUCAAGGAACUCAUCUGGAAGAACACACACCAAUUCGACCAAUACCCUGCAUAUCAGAAGAUAAAGGACACUCAAGCAAAACUGCCGGGAUUCAAGGAGUUCCCUCGUGAAAAUCCUCUGUUAUCUGCCUCUGUCAAAUUUUUCGGCCAAGAAUUUUUCUUUAUCACCAAUGGUGAAAUGCUGGAAUAUAUGAAGACCAUGCAGCAGCAAAGACAAGAUCAAAUGCAGCAGCAAAGACCAGAUCAAAUGCCCAUGUUGCAUAAGGUUAUCGAAGGCCUUAAAAACCUCAACCAAUAUAUUAUGAAAGCUGUGAUGCUAGAAGUUCAGUACGUGGUUCCAACAGUUAUCGGUCUGCCAUUCCAAGCAAGAGCCAAUAGCAUCAUCAUGGCACAAGGUUUAUUAAAGGCAAGGACAGAGUUAUCUCAUGGUGAUCUCAGAGAAGCCAAUAUCCACGUUCAAGUUGACAGCAAACUUGCCCUCCAGGGCUACGGAAUGAUUUUCUGGGGAGUGAACACAUACGACAUGCAACAUGGUUUGGAAAUGAGAGCCCAGAUCCGUACUCAAGGCAUACUCAAGAUGAAUGCCACAGUGGACAUCAGAAACAAGAACUUCAAAUUUGAAAUUGCCCCACCCCAUGAUGAUCAAUUUGAGUUGGCAAUGGCAAGCCACGAGGCACAUACUGUUGCAAGAUACAUACAUUCUGAGAAGAAGGCUUCAGUACUUCCAGAAAGAUUUGACGUUGAUAUUUUGGAUGGAGAUUUCAACUCAGAAAAAGGCAACAUUAAGGUAAAAGUGAAAUGA